AUGGCUCAAGCAGCUAAGCAGCUGAAGAAAAUCAAAGAUAUUGAGGCUCAGGCUCUGCAGGAGCAGAAAGAGAAGGAAGAAUCCAAUCGCAAGCGCAGGAACAGGGACCGGAAGAAAAAGGCCGAUGCUGCAACCAGUUUCUUGAGAGCUGCAAGAUCCGGGAAUCUGGACAAAGCCUUGGAUCACCUCAGGAAUGGGGUAGAUAUUAACACCUGUAACCAGAAUGGGCUGAACGCCUUGCACCUGGCCUCCAAGGAGGGCCACGUGAAAAUGGUGGUGGAGCUGCUGCACAAGGAGAUCGUCUUGGAGACAACCACCAAGAAGGGAAACACAGCCCUGCAUAUCGCUGCCCUGGCUGGACAACAGGACGUGGUCCGGGAGCUGGUGAACUACGGGGCCAACGUCAAUGCACAGUCACAGAAAGGCUUCACACCCCUCUACAUGGCAGCACAGGAAAACCACCUGGAAGUUGUCAAGUUCUUGCUGGAAAAUGGAGCCAACCAGAAUGUAGCCACAGAGGACGGCUUCACACCACUAGCUGUGGCUCUGCAGCAAGGGCAUGAGAACGUGGUUGCUCACCUUAUCAACUAUGGGACAAAGGGUAAGGUCCGCCUGCCUGCCCUGCACAUUGCAGCCCGCAACGAUGACACUCGCACAGCUGCCGUGCUGCUGCAGAAUGACCCCAAUGCUGACGUUCUCUCCAAGACUGGAUUUACCCCCUUGCACAUUGCAGCCCACUACGAGAAUCUCAGUGUGGCCCAGUUACUGCUGACCCGUGGAGCCAGUGUCAACUUCACACCCCAGAAUGGGAUCACUCCCCUGCACAUAGCCUCCCGCCGAGGCAACAUCAUCAUGGUACGGCUGCUGCUGGACCGCGGGGCCCAGAUAGAGACGAGGACCAAGGAUGAGCUGACCCCUCUCCACUGUGCAGCUCGCAACGGACAUGUGCGAAUUGCAGAGAUCCUGCUGGACCACGGGGCUCCCAUUCAAGCCAAAACCAAGAACGGCUUGUCGCCGAUCCACAUGGCAGCGCAGGGCGACCACCUGGACUGCGUGCGCCUGCUCCUGCAGUACAGCGCCGAGAUCGAUGACAUCACCCACGACCACCUCACGCCGCUGCACGUGGCCGCCCACUGCGGGCAUCACCGGGUCGCCAAGCUGCUGGUGGAGAAGGGGGCCAAGCCUAACUCCCGAGCCCUGAACGGCUUCACGCCCCUCCAUAUCGCCUGCAAGAAGAACCACAUCCGGGUGAUGGAGCUGCUGCUGAAGACGGGUGCCUCGAUCGAUGCCGUCACGGAGUCUGGGCUGACCCCCCUACACGUGGCUGCCUUCAUGGGGCAUCUGCCCAUUGUCAAGACCUUACUGCAGCGCGGAGCCUCUCCUAAUGUGUCCAAUGUGAAAGUAGAGACGCCUCUACACAUGGCAGCCAGAGCUGGGCACACAGAGGUGGCAAAGUACCUGCUGCAGAACAAAGCCAAAGCCAAUGCCAAGGCCAAGGACGACCAGACGCCUCUGCACUGCGCUGCGCGCAUCGGCCACACUGGCAUGGUCAAACUCCUGCUGGAGAACAAUGCCAACCCCAACCUGGCCACAACAGCAGGGCAUAUGCCACUGCAUGUCACCGCCCGGGAGGGACAUGUGGACACGGCCCUGGCGCUGCUGGAGAAGGGGGCCUCACAGACCUGCAUGACCAAGAAAGGAUUUACCCCUCUCCACGUUGCAGCCAAGUAUGGGAAGGUGGAUGUGGCAGAGCUGCUGCUGGCACGUGACGCUCACCCCAAUGCAGCAGGGAAGAAUGGCCUGACCCCGCUGCACGUGGCUGUGCACCACAACAACCUGGAGAUCGUCAAGCUGCUGCUUCCCACGGGGAGCUCCCCACACAGCUCAGCCUGGAACGGGUACACCCCCCUGCACAUUGCUGCCAGGCAGAACCAGAUGGAGGUGGCCAGUAGCUUGCUGCAGUAUGGCGCUUCUGCGAAUGCGGAGUCUGUGCAAGGAGUCACCCCCCUACACCUGGCUUCCCAGGAGGGUCAUGCAGACAUGGUGGCACUGCUUUUCUCCAAACAAGGCAAUGGCGACCUAGGCAACAAGAGUGGCCUGACUCCUCUCCAUCUGGUGGCCCAAGAGGGGCACGUGCUGGUUGCUGAUGUUCUGGUGAAACACGGAGUCACUGUGGACGCAACAACCAGGAUGGGCUAUACCCCACUGCACGUGGCCAGCCACUAUGGGAACAUCAAGCUGGUGAAGUUUUUGCUACAGCACCAGGCUGAUGUCAAUGCCAAGACUAAGCUUGGCUACACCCCUCUGCACCAGGCGGCACAGCAGGGCCACACGGACGUGGUGACGCUGCUGCUGAAGCACGGCGCCUCUCCCAACGAGAUCAGCACAAACGGCACCACUCCUCUGGCCAUUGCAAGGCGACUUGGCUACAUCUCUGUCACAGAUGUGCUCAAGAUUGUCACUGAGGAGACCGACAUCCCGUCAGCCAGUGACAAGCACCGCAUGAGCUUCCCAGAGACUGUGGACGAGAUUUUGGAUGUGUCAGAGGAUGAAGGCACUGCUCAUGUCACAGUAAUGGAGGAGGAACUGAUCGCACCAAAGCCCAGGACACCUGAUCCCAGGGACCAGGAGGGCAAGAGGGAGAUGCUGGAGUUUGCGACCACGACACUGGAGCAAACGGAGGAGUCUCCAGCUGUCCUGCAGGUCCCCUGCAUCCCACCUGAGACCGUGGUGACCAGAGCAGAGGAGACCGAGCAGCCCUCUAAGGAAUUUGACGAGGACUCCCUGAUCCCCAGCAGCCCCGCAACCGAGACCUCGGACAACAUCAGCCCGGUGGCUAGCCCCGUGCACACAGGGUGAGUGCCCAGUUCCUGGGUGGACGCCCGCGGAGGCUCCAUGCGGGGCAGCCGGCACCACGGACUGCGCGUAGUCAUUCCGCCCCGCGCCUGUGCGGCACCGACCCGCAUCACCUGCCGCCUGGUGAAGCCCCAAAAGCUGCCCGCGCCCCCGACGCUGGCUGAGGAGGAGGGCCUGGCCAGCCGAAUCAUCGCCCUCGGGCCCGCCGGCGCCCAGUUCCUCAGCCCCGUCAUUGUGGAGAUCCCACACUUUGCCUCCUAUGGGCGCAGAGACCGCGAGCUGGUGGUCUUGCGCAACGAGAAUGGCUCUGUCUGGAAGGAGCACCACAACCGCUACGACGAGAGCUACAUGGAGCAGCUACUCAACGGCAUGGAUGAGGAGCUGGAGAGCCUGGAGGAGCUGGAGAAGAAGAGGGUCUGUCGCAUCAUCACCACAGACUUCCCUCUCUACUUCGUGGUCAUGUCUCGGAUUCGCCAGGACUGCGAUGAGAUUGGCCCCAGGGGAGGGUGUUUGAAAAGCACGCUGGUGCCCAUGGUGCAGGCCACCUUCCCAGAUGCCGCCGUCACCAAGGGAGUGAGCCUUGCCCUGCAGGCCCAGCCCGUGCCCGAUGAGCUGGUGACUAAGCUGCUGGGGAACCAAGCGACCUUCAGCCCUAUUGUCACGGUGGAGCCGCGCCGGAGGAAGUUCCACCGCCCCAUUGGCCUCCGCAUCCCACUGCCACCAUCCUGGAAGGAUAAUCCCCGAGACAGCGGCGAGGGUGACACCACCAGCCUGCGCCUGCUCUGCAGUGUGACUGGAGGGACAGCCCAAGCCCAGUGGGAAGACAUAACAGGCACCACAAAACUGGUCUAUGAAAACGAGUGUGCCAACUUUACCACCAAUGUGUCUGCCAGGUUCUGGCUGGCCGACUGCCCACGCACGGCUGAGGCCGUGCACUUUGCCACCAUGCUGUACAAGGAGCUGACGGCUGUGCCCUACAUGGCCAAGUUCGUGGUGUUUGCCAAGAUGAACGAUGCACGGGAAGGCCGGCUGCGCUGCUACUGCAUGACUGACGACAAGGUGGACAAGACUCUAGAGCAGCAUGAAAACUUCACUGAGGUGGCCCGCAGCAGGGACAUCGAGGUGGUGGAGGGGAUGCCGUUGCACGUCGAGCUUUCGGGGAACCUGGUGCCUGUCAAGAAGGCCACUCAGCCCCGCACCUUCCUCUUCCAGUCCUUCCGGGAGAACCGCCUCACCAUCCCUAUCAAGGUUCGGGACAGCAGCCGGGAAGCCAGUGGCUCCCUGUCUUUCUUGCGCAAGGCCAUGAAGUACGAGGACCUUCAGCAUGUGCUCUGCCACCUGAACAUCAGCAUCCCGCCCUGCGCCAAGGGAAGUGGCAGUGAGGAGCGGAGGAGGACACUGACGCCAUUGUCUCUGCGGGAGCGUUACAGCGUCCUAAGUGAGACCAGCUUCGGCUCUCUGAGCAGCACAGACAAAGCAGACCAGAAGAUGGUUGACAUAGCAGAACAGCUGGGCCUCAGCUGGGCUGAGCUGGCGCGUGAGCUGCAGUUUGGAGUGGAUGACAUCAACAGGAUACGUGUGGAGAACCCCAACUCCCUGCUGGAGCAGAGCAUGGCCUUACUCAACCUCUGGGUCAGCCGCGAGGGCAAGAGCGUCAAGAUGGAGAGUCUGUACACGGCGCUGAGGAACAUCGACCGCAGCGAGAUCGUCAGCUCACUGGAGGGCUCCGGCCGGCAGAGCCGCAGCCUGAAGGGCAGCUGGCGCUACACGGACAGAGACUACUCCCUCUCACCAUCUCAGAUGAAUGGUUAUGCUUCGCUGCAGGACGAGCUGCUGUCCCCCGCCUCCCUGCAUUACACGCUGCCAUCCCCGCUGCGUGCCGACCAGUACUGGAAUGAGGUGGCCGUCAUGGAUGCCAUCCCCAUGGCUGCCACCGAGCAGGACGCCCUGAUGGAGAUGUCCGACAUGCAGGUGUGGUCCUCGGGGCUCACCCCCUCGCUGGUGACUGCUGAGGACUCCUCUCUGGAGUGCAGCAAGGCCGAGGACUCGGAUGCCACAAGUGAAGGCCGGUUCCCGGGGCAGCUUCUAGCAGAUGCACAUGGCCCAGACCACAUGGGCUCUAUGGACCUGGUUGAGGAUGACACAGUGGACUCAGAUGCCAUGAAUGGUCUGAUUGACCUUCUAGAACAGGAGGAGGGGCAGAGGCCAGAGGGGAAGAUGCCAGCCGGUGAUUGCCAGCCAGGGACCAAGGAGCAAGACACGGAGAGUGAAGUCUCUUUUGUUUCAGUUCAGCAGAAGGUGCAAGCCAGGAUCACAGCAUCACCUACCAUUAGCCACGUUGUGGAGAAGAGCACAGACAGGCUGAGGGACUGGAGUGCAGAAGGCUCCUUUAUCUCCUGCCUACAGGACCUGACAGCGGGCUCCUGGCAGGAAGGGGUCACCCGAAGGCUGCUCCCGACGCAUACCACAGCCUCCGGCACACAGGGCCAGGAGCAAGAGCAGGUCCUGGUGCCGGCCGUGGAGCUGAUGCGGGUCAGUUCCGCAGAGGACAGCGACUGGCAGCCCCAGCACCCCACAGGCGGCUGGCAGGAGGAGGCAGACAGCCGCUUCUUUGGCCAGGACAGGAUGUGGGCUUUCCUGGCCCAGCUGGUGAUCGCCCUGGUGCUGCUGGCCUUCUUCCUGGUCAGCUGCCAGAACGUCAUGCACAUCAUCAGGGGCUCUGUCCGCUUCCUGCUCAAACACGCCCACCACGAGCUGGACAAGGAGCUCGGGGAGAGCCAGGGGCUGGCGGACGACGAGGAGGCUCUCUCCACCAGGGUUGUCCGCCGGCGUGUCCUUGUGAAGGGAAACGAAGUCCUUCAUCUCCCUGGAGAGCAGGUGACUGAGGAGCAGUUCACAGAUGAUCAAGGCAAUAUCAUCACCAAGAAGGUCAUCCGGAAGGUGGUCCGUCGGCUGGGCCCUGGUGACACAGAUGACAGGCAGGAGCAGGAGCUGAUUCUAGAGGGCUCCCUGCAGAAGCCCCAAGACCUGGAGGCUGAGGACGAUCACUUCAUGAAAUACUCCAUCCUGCACCGGGAUGGUCUGGGGGCCAAGGAGGAGGUGCGAGUGCGUGUCCCGAAACCAGAGGUCUCCGGGGGCAGGAUGGGGGCUCAGAUAGUGAAACGAGCCAGCCUGAAAAGGGGAAAGCAGUGA